GCCAGUGAGUGAGAAAGUGAGCGAGGAUGUCCAUCUUCGCAGUCCAAGGCCCAGAGACUGGCCCAAGCUAAAGGGCACGGCGAUGAGGGUCCACAAGAGGGGGAGAAGAAUUGGCGACAAGGUGCGCGGAGCAGGCAGCGAGGGCGUGGAUGCUGUCCUGCUGCCCAGGUUCAACCACUGGCACUGCCUCCUCACCUCUCUCACCCUCACGGCAAUCGCCUCGCAUCGCCGCAGACCGGUGCCAACCCUGACGACGACGAAGACGACGACGACCACCGUGUCUUUUGCAGACUUGGGGGCUUCAGUUCAGUCUAGCGCCUGUGGAUGCGCAGGCACGCUGGUCCGGUUUGCCUAGAUCAUUCCUGGAAUGGAUCUUGUGCCUUGUGGCAAGCGCCCGCGGGAACAAGAGAAUUCGCCCCGCUGCUACGAGGAAGGGAACAAUACCUGAUUGAAGACCGCUGUUCACCUUGGUGUGAUUGGUUACUGUUCUGAAAGCGCGAAACUUUUUUGUUUUUUUUCGUGUCUUUUUAGGUGAUCUGAGGCCUAGUUGUGAGAUUCGGCUCAGGCUUGCCUGCACCUUGUCCUCUUUUGUCUGCGCUUGUCUGUAGCAGGGUCGAAUCCGUCUGUGGGAAGAAUUCGAUCGAAAUUUGGGCUCUGAGGAAGCGGAGAUGGGCAGGGUAAAGCUAGAGAUUAAGAAGAUCGAGAAUUCUGCCAACAGGCAAGUGACGUACUCCAAGAGGCGUAAUGGGCUCACUAAGAAGGCCUACGAGUUGUCAGUGCUCUGUGAUAUUGACCUCGCACUUAUCAUGUUCUCGCCGUCUGGGAAGCUCACCCAGUACAGCAAUUGCAGUAUUGAAGAUAUCAUCGAUCGCUUUGCCAAUUUGCCUACGCAAGAGCGAAACAAAAGUUUUGAUGAAAUAAUCUUAAGGAUCUGUGUGGCAACACCGGUACAUUGGCUGCCUUGUAGAGAAGUCACUAGUAAAGGAUGGGUGUUUAAACUGGUGCUUCAGUCUUCUUUUCACCCACAAUAUUUACAAAAGGCGUUGAGGAAGCUAACAGGAGAGAAGGAAUGGGUUCCCAAUCAGAUCAUCUCUGGAAGUAAGAGCGAAGAGGUUGAGUUGUUGCAAGAGGAGUUGAAGAAGACUCAACAUGAGAAGGAGUUGAUUCAACAACGAAUCAGAUUAUAUUUAGCAGAUGAGCAGCUUCUGCAGAGUGUAACUUCAGUUCAGCAACUAGCCAACAUGGAGACUGAACUAGAACAGGCACUUGAGCGUGUGCGGACAAGGAAGGCUUAUGUGACAAGUGCUUAUCAGGCUGUUUCUGUGAUGCAAAGACAGAUGUUGGCUUUACAAGCACAGCAACAAAAGCAGCAACGAGACACCUUGGGGCAACAACCGUUACCGUUGCAAUGGAACAAUCCUGAGUGCGGCCAUUCGAUGCUUCAAGAAUUUAUGGAUCAGCAUGCAAACCCUCAAGCAAUUGUCCCAGUGCAGCAUAUGAACAGGGAGAUGGGGAGCAACAGCGAAGCGAGUCCAUCAAGCUUCUUUUCCCAGUCUGGCUCCCAAUCAAACCUACACAAUUUGGCUGGGCAGCUAAACCUCGUGGGAGCUAACCGAGGGUUGAACAUCCACGACAUGGCCUUGGAACGCUCAGGCAGUGGCCAGUAUGAUGAGCAGAAGAAAUCUAAAGGUGGGGCCAACGCCGGUUUCGCUUCUUCAAGUAGCAGUGGUGCUGCCGCUGAAGGGAGUGCCGAGACGUUCACUGGCCAAUCUGAGCCCAACGCAUCCAACUGGCAACUCUCGCAUCAAGCCCACCAUCACAUGCACGCAUAUUCCAGUGCGCAGUACCCUACUGGGUUCUCUAAUCAGAAUGAAGAGGCUUGGAAAUGAUUCUGCCCGUUGAUCAGGAGGCUCGGAGGAUAUACUAUUGCAAGCUCUGAAAUGAGAGGGUGAUGAAUGAUCAAGGGACUCAUGAACCGCAUGAAGCUCAUCAAGACCUUAGACAAUCCUGUUAGAAAGUUACUUUAGAUGGUCGACGUAACAUGCAUGCCGAUUGUUCAGAUAAUAAUUUUUACUGGUAAAUGAGGCGUGUAAAAAUUCUUCAUGUUAGUGACUGCUGCGGUGAACAUGCUUUUGAUUCAAAUCAUUUCACGGAGACGAGGUCACAUUGUUCGUUACUCAUGGAAACACAAACUGCUGGACGGUUGUUCAAGAGACGUCCAGAACUAGUGUUGACCAUACAUUCCGCCCUAUUUUAGGCUCCAGCAUUCUUAUUAAGAGGAGUUCCAGUUAUAUUAUUUGCGAAAGAGCCACAACCCGACAGUGUACAGCUCAUAAAUCGAAAAUUGUCGUUGCAAAUCCUUGGUA